AUGGAAAGCUCGCCAAGCAACGUCUCUCACCAAACCCUCUACCUGAAUGGAUUCACCAGUCUUCUACAGUAUCGUCCUCUUCUCUUCGCCCCUUUCUUUUUGGUUUUUGUUUACUCUCUAGUUGCUAACUCUGCUCUCAUUCUCGUGAUUACCAAACAACACACGUUACACGCUCCUAUGUAUGUCCUGAUAGGAGCCAUAUCAGCUCUGGGUAUUGCUGUGCCUGUGAUGUUUGUACCUAGGAUGCUGGUUAGUUUCCUAUCUAACAUUAACUUGAUUUCCAGAGAGGAAUGUCUCAUUCAGAUGUUUUGCAUUCAUUACUGUGCCUGUUUUCAAUCCACUAUCUUACUGGGGAUGGCUAUAGAUCGCUACGUUGCUAUCUGUCGUCCUCUGAGAUACAACGACUAUAUCGACGUGACUCAUUCUCUCAUUUUCACCGCUGUGUUUGUGAUUCGAAACACUGUCGUGAUUAUUGUGAUGGUUGGUUUGAUAAAACCGCUGACGUUUUGCAAGUCCAAUACGAUGUACCAUUGCUUUUGUGAACACACGUCAGUGGUUAGUCUGGCUUGUGGUAACGUUUCCAGAAACUACAUUGCGGGUAUAGUGGCCUUUUGCAUACCGACUACGGACUGUGUUUUCAUAGUGUAUUCCUAUGUGGUCAUUUUUAUGGCUAUAAUGAAAUCCCCAUCAGGAGAUUCGCGGCAGAAGGCCAUUGAUACCUGCAGUACUCAUAUCAUGGUUAUUUGUGUUGCUUAUUUAAGUGCCAUGACAGCGUUCAUUGGCUACAGGGUGAGCGCUGUCCCUCCUGAUUUCCGUGUGUUUAUCAGUCUGAUGUAUCUUCUAGUUCCCGGCUGUUUUAAUCCUGUCAUAUACGGUUAUAGAACUAAAGAAAUUAGAGCUCACUUACUUAAAUAUUUUACAUGUAAUAAAAUAGACUUGUGA